GCACCGGGAGCGGCACCGGGAGCGGCACCGGGAGCGCAGCGCGGCUCGGGCUCGGCGGGAGCAUGGAGAUGGAGAAGCGCUUGACGCUGGAGCUGCGCAACAAGAAGCCGAGCGAGGUGAAGGAGCUGGUCCUGGACAACUGUCGCUCAGAGGAUGGCAAGGUGGUCGGCCUCUCCUCAGACUUUGAGAACCUGGAGUUCCUCAGCAUGAUCAACAUCAACCUGCUGUCCGUGUCCAACCUCCCCAAACUCAACAAGCUCCGGAAGCUGGAGCUGAGUGAUAAUAGGAUUUCUGGUGGCCUUGAAGUUCUAGCAGAGAAAACUCCUAACCUGACACACUUGAACCUAAGUGGCAACAAGAUCAAAGACAUCAAUACCCUGGAGCCCUUGAAAAAAUUGCCAAACCUCCACAGUCUGGACCUGUUCAACUGUGAGGUGACGAUGCUCAUCAACUACCGAGAGAGCGUGUUCGCCCUCCUGCCCCAGCUCACCUACCUGGAUGGCUUCGAUGCUGACGAGCAGGAAGCCCCCGACUCAGACCCUGAAGCAGAUGGGGAUGCACUGGAAGAUGACUAUGAGAAUGGGGAAGAAGGCGAGGAAGAGGAGGAUGAUGAGGAGGAAGAUGAUUUGGAUGAAGAAGUCAUCGAUGACGAGGAAGAUGAAGACGAUGAUCUGGAAGGUGAAGAGGAGGAGGAUGGCGUAGAUGAUGAGGAGGAAGAUGAGGAGGAGGAUGGUGAGGAGGAUGAAGAAGAUGAAGCUGAGGAGGAUCAUCCGUGUGGGGAGAAGAGAAAACGAAGUCUAGAGGAUGAAGGAGAGGAAGAUGCAGAGGACGAAGAGGAUGAUGAGGAUGACUGAUCCCAGCGAGCCAAUCAGUUUUACAGACUCUGACUGUGCUUGUCUUAACCUCCCCAUUGUGUCUGUGUGAGACUGUAAAUCCCUGUCUCCCACUCCUCCUCCUCCCCCUUUGUAUGGCUGCAGCAUCCACAAUAUAUUUUUUUAAGAUUUAGAAUACUGUAGGCAUUCAGGGGAAUCUUCCAUACAAGGCUCACUUUUUUCUCACAACUAUCUCAUGACCAAAGGCUUUUCUCCGUUCGGUGGUUUGUGCAGCAGCUUGGAAAAAAAAAAAAGAAAAAGAAAAA